AUGUACUCUGAUCAUGGUCCUAUGAUACUUCAAAUGGACAGACCCCAGAGAUACAACAGAAGGCCUUACAGAUUUGAGGCCAUGUGGGUAACACACCCACAAUGUAGAAAGAUUAUCAGCAAAGCAUGGAGCAAUGUGUUCAAGGGAUCCUCUGCCUACAUACUAGUGCAGAAAUUGAAAACAACAAAACAUGACCUAUGUAGGUGGAACAAAACAGUCUUUGGAGACCUGCAAAGAAGAAGGCAGCAGUUAAAGAACAAACUCACCAAGACACAAAAAGAAAUGCACACGAUAGAAAGUUUCAGACAAGAAAAGGAAGUUAGGCAGCAACUGGAGCUUUUGUAUGAACAAGAACAAAUCUUCUGGAUGCAAAAAUCUAGGACAAAUUGGAUAAUCCAUGGUGAUAUAAACACUAAAUUCUACCACACCACCACAGCAAGAAGAAGAUUGAGGAAUAAAAUCACCUUUGUAGUGGAUGAGCAGGGUUACCAAUGUGAAGAAACUGAACAAAUUGAAUCAGCAUUCUUGAAUGCAUAUGAGGAUCUGUUUUGUGCAGAAGACAAUGUCGAUAUUAGUGAAAUCGGUAGAGAGAUCAAGGACUUAAAAGUGCCAAUAUUAACUGAAGAAAAUCAAAGAUUGCUUGACAAACCCUUCACAGCUGAUGAAAUUAAACAAGCCGCUUUUCAAUUGGGUCCAUGGAAAGCACCAGGGGUGGAUGGGAAGCCUGUACUUUUCUACCAACAGUUCUGGGACAUUGUUGGAGCCCUCACCACAGCCUCAAGUCUCUCCUUCCUUAAUUCUGGACACAUGCUGAAGGAGUUAAACAAAACUUUGAUAACCCUUGUGCCAAAGAAAAAUGAUCCACAAAAAGUUGGAGACUUUAGGCCUAUAAGCCUGUGCAAUGUUGCCUACAAAAUUAUUGCUAGGACCAUGGUUAACAGACUGAAACCUAUCAUGGAUGCAAUCACUACACCUUUCCAGAGUGCAUUUGUGAAGGGGAGGCUGAUCUCAGAUAACAUUAUCGUAGGAAGAGAAGUACUUACCACAAUCCAAAGGCAAAGGAAAGGCAAAGGCAUGCUUAGAGCCCUGAAAAUUGACAUGAACAAAGCAUAUGACAGGGGUGGUAGGCUCACCCUCAUCAACUCAACACUCCAGAGCAUUCCCAACUACACUCUGUCUUGCUUCAAAGCUCCAGUCAACAUCUGCAACAAAAUUGAUAGAGUAAUUAGAAGCUUCUGGUGGGGACAUAAACCUGAUGAAAAGAAACUUCAUAUGAAAAACUGGGAUCUUAUCUGCAAACCAAAAUGGCAAGGAGGGCUUGGUAUAAGGAAAACAGCGCACAUGAAUGGAGCUCUACUAGGCAAACAAGCUUGGAGAAUUCUUACAGAACCUGAAGCACUAUCAACCAAAAUCCUCGUACCAAAAUACUGCAAGAAGGAGGACUUCACAGCAGUCAAACCAAAAGCAGGGGAUAAUUGGUUUUGGAAAAGCAUACUGGCAGGUAGAGAUAUAUGCAUGAAAGGUGUCGACAUCCAAAUCUGGGAUGGGAAAGAUACUGUAAUAAAAAAUGGAAGGUUGGCCCCUAGGUUAGAUCAUACCACCGUCAGCAAUGAUCAUCUGCAGGCCUGCAAAAUCAUGUGCCCUAUUAGAAAUCAGUGGGUUAACUGGUUAGCUAAUAUUGUUUUACAGCCAGAGGAUCAAGCAAAACUUAAGAGUAGGAUCUUCUCCAUCAUGGAAGGAAAUGAUAAAAUUGUUUGGAAAUUUGACACAAAAGGCAGGUUUACAGUCAAGUCAGCCUAUUUGCAAAUUCUCAAAGAGGAACAUGGAGACCUUCAAUCAACUACUCAGAUUCAAAUUUGGAAGAACUUAUGGAAGCUCAAAAUCCCCUACAAAAGCCCAGAGACACUUGAGCACCUCUUCUGGCAAUGUGAUUUCGCACGGGCUACUUGGUUUGCAUCUGACCUAACAAUAAGAACAGAUGCAUUUAUCGAUGUCAACUUCACUGAAUGGGUUAAAGUCUGGCUAUUAAACGAUAACACUAUCAGUGACAACAACAGUGAUUUCAGCAGCAAAUUUGCAUUCCUUACCUGGAACAUCUGGAGAGCGAGGAAUGAAGCCAUUUUCGAGGGGAAAAAACCACACCCAAUGAUAGUUGUUUGUAGAAGCAGAACCCAAAUUGCAAACAAAGUGGAAGCCUAUGCGAUUCAUAGAGAAGAAGAGAAAAUUAGAAUGAGGAAACCAAUAGCCCAACUGAAUCAACUCACAAACGGUGGAGGAACAGAGAUUUCAGAAUCAAUUGGAAACCUUACAGAAAAUGAUUGGAUCAUUUUUGUGGAAACAACCCAAAAAAGAGGAUCUGCAGGGUUUGGUUGCUGCGCAAUGGCUAGAAAUCGGGAUGGAGAUACCCACAUCGUUUGUAGAACCUUUGAAGUGGAAAAAGGAAUCGACGCCAUGCUUCUUAUUCUCAGAUCUAUUCUUGUCAGAUUAAAAAUCUAUGAAAAGGCAGACUUUGGUGUCAAGAAGGCAAUGGGAAGUGGAGAAGAAUAUUGCAGGGGAAAACAAUUGUAG